AGCUCUGCCUCGACGAGACACGAUCAGGAUUUCGGGGGACUUCAGAAUUAGAAAAGCUUGACCUGGCCCUCCACCGUCCACUACCACCGCUGUCCCAUUUGGCCACUGCCCUCUCCCUUCCGCUCCUCCCAUGCCGACCAUUUGGCGUCACCUCCUUCGUCUCCCCUCCUCCCUUACUGCCUGACACGUUCUUGGCACGUCGUUCAGUUAAUUUCGUUGGCUUGGCUACUUGUUCUUGCGAGCUCUCAUCUCUUCCGCUGGAAGCUCGAGCAGCCAAGAACGCGUCCGGCGUGGCGUGGAGCUGGCUACCGUCGUGGACUUGAUCUUCCCACGCGGCGCCGAGCUCGGCGCCGGCGCCGAGGAAGAAGGCGGCGACGCCAGGUGGUGGGUCUGCGCCGGCGGUCAGCAGCAGGGGAUGACCACCCCGCGGCAGUGGUGGCGGCGCGCCGCGGCGGCCGUCAAGGACCGGAGGAGCCUGUACCUGACCCGCGUGGCGGCGCUGCGGCCGGCGGCCUCCUCCGGGUUCGCCGCGGCGCUGCGGAGCCCCGAGCUGGAGGCGGCCGUGAUCCGCGCCACCAGCCACGACGAGCGGUCCGUGGACUACGGUAGCGCGGCGCGCGUGUUCGCGCUGGCGCGUGCGUCGCCACCGUCGCUGCAGCCGCUCAUGUGGGCGCUCGCGCGGCGGGCGGGGCGGACGCGGUGCUGGGCGGUGGCGCUCAAGGCGCUCAUGCUCGCGCACGGCCUGCUGCUCCGGUCCGACCUCGCGCCCCGCGCGGCGCGCCUUGGCCGCGUCCCCUUCGACCUCGCCGACUUCCGCGACCGCUCGUCGCCGCCUUCCAGGUCGUCGGGGUUCUCCGCGUUCGUCCGCGCCUACUUCCGCUUCCUCGACACCCGCUCCCUCUUCGCCGCCCAGGAGCUGGACGACGCCGGCGGCGGCAGCGGCUCCGACGACGACGAGGACGCGCGGCUCGACCGCGUGACGAAGCAGCAGCACCUGCUGGACCUGCUCAUGCAGAUCCGGCCGUACGGGGACGGCAUGGAGCAGGGCCUCAUCCUGGAGGCGAUGGACUGCGUCGUCAUCGAGAUCUUCGAGGUCUACAGCCAGGUAUGCACCGGCAUUGCCCGGUUCCUCGUCGCCGUCCUCGGCUCGGCCCCGACGCCGCCGCCGCGGCGGCCGGGGGAGACGAUGGCGGAAGCGAGGCGGCGGAGGGGAGCGCAGGGGAUGCGGGUGCUGAGGAAAGCCGCGGAGCAGAGCGCCCAGCUGUCAUCGUACUUCGAGCUCUGCCGGGGCCUGGGCGUGCUCAACGCCGCCGAGUUCCCGGCCGUGGAGCGCGUCCCGGACGACGACAUCAGGGACCUCGAGAAGCUCAUCAUGAGCCACGUCGUCGAGGAAGGCAGCAGGGUGCUGGAGAAGGAAGCGAAGGCGUUGGUCGCCGUGGAGGAGAAGAACGAAGCCAAGGCGUUGGUCGCCGUGGAGGAAACCGGCCUGGCGUCGAGGACGGUGGUGACGAAAGAAUGGGUGGUGUUCGACGACGACGACAAUGCCGCCGCCGGCGCCAGGCAGGGGCAUUUUGGUGGUUACGUGAACCCGUUCGUGGCCGCGCCGUGGGACGCCGUGGCGGGUAGCAGAGAUUUGCUUGUUUAGAGAUGGACUGCCAUCUGAUCCUUCGGAUUAGCCAAAAAAGUAUUAAAAUUUGUCGUCUAGCAAUUUGACCUGCUUUGGAUUAGAGCAAUGAGUGAAUGAUUGUAAAUAUAGAUGUAUGUUUUCCCUGGGACUUGGUGAUGCAUGUGAAAUUGUGAAUCACUCCCUAAGUUCCAAAAUAUUAGGUUUCUCGUGUAUUCCUUUUCAAGAGGUUUGUUACAUGUCCCUGAUUUUUUGAA